AUGCAACAUGCUAUUGAAAAAUUGAGACAUCUUCAGAAGAAUCACUUCCCAUUAUUCGCAAUCAGCAUAUCGUACAUAUUUGUUUUACUCUUUGGUGAGUUUUUGCAUUUGAUACUAGGAACAGAAACGCUAGAGUACCAUAAGACCAGUUUUUAUUUCUUAAACUCCAAGAAUACAAUCAAUCAAAUUUUUGCAUACAAUGGUAAUCUUGUCUGGUUUCUGUUGUUUUGUCUAGUGUUCUAUCUGCAUUUACAUUUUGAGACGGUAAAUUCUAAAGAACUAUUACCUACCAGUGCUGAUGUGCCGGUGGGGUUGCAUUCGAGAGUGUGCCAAUAUACACAAAGAGCGAACUACUACCUAUUCAAGCAAUAUUUCUUCAAAUAUUGUGUUAAGAGUGCCUCUUUAUUUGUGAUUUUUUUUGCCAUUGACACAUUAUUUGUACUAAGUGGUGGUUCUUGUGACGAUGGAAGUGGAACGACAUUUUCAGAGACAUGUCGUUCAAAUAAGGGCAAGUGGGAAGGUGGAUUCGAUAUCAGUGGCCAUUUCUGUUUUUUAAUCACCAUCAGUCUGAUUCUAUGGUGUGAGUUGUAUAAAUUGCAUAAGAGGAUGGAGAGCGAGAGUUUUGAGGUUGAGUUGAAUGUGGUGUUUACAGUUAUGAUUGGCUUGAUUGUUGGUGUUAUUAUGGUUUGGUUUGGAUUACUUUGGAUCACUGCAAUUUAUUAUCACACAUUUUUUGAGAAAGUUCUGGGAUGUAUGUUAGGCUUUGUCACGCCAUUGCUUAUGUAUUACACAAUUCCGUCCAAUGAGUUUUUGAACGGUUUGCUAUAUAAAUAG